AUGUGCGAAGUACAGGAGACCAUGCCUCGGCCACGCAGGCCUCGGGGCGGACAAGGCUGUAGUCGUUGUGGUGGGCGGGCGCAGUAUCUCAUUCGCGACCUGUUGUUUUGUCGACCAUGCUUCACAAAACACAUCCACCACCGCCUCGGCCGUACGAUCAACGGGCCCCUCGCCGGCUCUUCCCGGCCCAACAUCACCUCCCGACCGCCCCCACAAACUGGGGGAGCACUGAUAGCCCUCUCGGGAGGAGCGGGGAGUACGGCCCUUCUAGAUUUCCUCGUGGAGAGGAGAUACCUCGGUCCUCAGGCUACUGAACGUGUUCCGGCCGUCUGGGCGCAGGCGUUUGCCGUCCACGUCGUCUUCCCUGGACAGAGUGUCGGUGGACUGAAAGAGUUGGCAGAGAGUAGAGGGAUCACGUAUUUGCAAGUCCGGGCUGAGGAUGUUUUCGACUCGUCGUUGGCGGACAAGGUGGCCGGCCUCGUCCAAGGUAUUCCAUCAGAGGACAACGAGGACAACGCCGCCCGGCUAUCGGCCCUCGUCGCGUCCCUUCCCCUCCCCUCCAGGCCAACUAUCCUCGGCCACAUCCUGGACGCGGUUCUGGCAACAGUCGCCUCUGCCCUCCCAGUUUCACAUUUGAUCCUCGGCGAAACGGCAACGCGGGAGGCACAGCGCGUCAUCACCGGCACAGCGCAGGGACGUGGAUUCAGUCUUCCUCUGGACCUGGUCACUCUCUCUUCGCGAGCUUUGGGAGAGGUGGGAGCGUCGGGAGAGGUGGGAGCUUUGGGAGCGUCGGGAGUGAUGAGGUUACGCGGCGCGCGGGAACUGAGCGUCAAAGAAGCCGCGCUGUAUUGCCACGCAAAGGGACUCGAGACGUUCAAUUAUCGCCAGUGGGGCCGGAAGAGUAUCGAGGGGUUGACUGAGCGCUUCGUCGCCACACUCAGCACCCGCCACCCGGCCACCGUUGGGGCUAUUACCCGCACGGCUGGCAAGUUGCAGUUCACCGGACAGGAGGGAGAGGGACAGGAGGGGCCAUUGUGUCCCCUCUGCCGACGACCGGCUGAUCCGGGAAUUAAAGAGUGGCAGGCGCGCGCGUCGCUUACUGUCCUCCCUGGCCAUCCUAGUACGACUAAAGAGGAGGGAGCACUCGAGUCGCUCCUCUGUUACGGUUGCGCAGCGGCACUCAAAGGCCGUAAAGACGCGGAAAUGCCGCCCUUUGUCGCGGCAGAGGUACGGAGACGCGUACCCGAGAGCGAGAUGCGUGCUGCCAUCGCCGACUAUUUCGUCUAA